AUGUCUAACUAUCCAACUCCAAACCCGCCAAUACAGCCGGUUAUUUUGUCCAUGGAAGUGGACGAUGACGAUUCUUUUGAAAGUGAAUACCGACUGCGAAUCGAAAACCAAGUCAAAUAUCUCAUCAUAUCACCCAAAACCUUCGAUAGGGAUACGCUUUCAUUCCCUAUUCAGUCCCUACCGAAUCUUCCUUACAACGAGGAAUGGACAGUGGCCCAUAUAUCGCGAGACGAAACUAGCGGCGAGAUGAAAACUUCUCUCUCGAACCGAACACUAGCUGGCGUCAGAUGUCAAUGGCACCAAGCUCAAGUUAAUUGCCUAGAGUUAGAGAAGACUAAACAGCUCACGGCAAUGGCCUUCGAAGCAGUGUUACAUUCGCUUCUUCCAAUCACCCUCCUAUCACCAGCAAGUGUAAUCGCCAAAAUAGCCCGUUUCGAAUGGGAGAUCCCCCGUAUCGAACAGGAAACAAGAGCAUAUCAGUUGCUUGAGGGUUCCGGACUGACACCGCGCUUCCUCGGCCAUAUCCACGAGAAUGGACGCAUUAUGGGGCUUCUCUUAGAGAAAAUAGAGGGACGCCCUGCUUCCUUCCAGGACCUGAGCAUCUGCGAAACAGCUGUGAAGAAACUCCACGAAUUAGGACUUGUACAUGGGGAUGUGAAUCGAUACAAAUUCCUCGUCACGGACGACGGGAUAAAAUUGCUCGACUUUGAAUCCUUUCUAGAGAAUGCUAGUCCUGAGUCAAUGCACAAGGAAUUGGAAAAUUUACGUACCGAAUUGGCUGAGGACUCAGGACGCGGUGGAGGCUUCAUUUUCCAUGACGAUGGAAGAUGA